AACGCAAAUGCCAUAUCCGCCCUUAACAAACCCCUACGAACCACUCAGCGUGGCGGUACAAGUGAAUCCUCCACAACAUCGGAUAAUACCAGCGAUUUCAUUGAGAUUGUCAAGAAGCACGAUGUCGUCUAUAACACCCACCAUCCGGAUUACAAGAACGUGGAAGUCAAAUUGAAAGUUUGGAAUGAAAUUGCCAAAGAAAUUGGUUUAUCAGUGGAUGCCUCCAAACGGAAAUGGAAAAAUUUACGCGACAGCUAUACCAAAUAUUUACGCUCAUUCCGUGUUGGCUCCAAGACAUCUAAGAAAUAUCAAUUUUGGGCACAUGCCGAUCAUAUGGAAUUUUUAAAACCCUAUCAGGGGCCGGGCAGAUCCAAUAAUGGUAUAAUUUUGAAUAAAGACGAGGAGGAAACCGAAUGCGAUUUGGGUUUUCAGGUGUUGGCCAAGGCAACCAGUAAUUCCACCGAUGACGAUGUUAAGCAAACCUCUUUGGCAAAUGCAACAAAUGCCGCCAGUAUAUUUGCCACAUCAUUGGCAAGUGUUUUGCCGAAUUUUGUAGCCGGUGGAGGUCUGAUAACAUCCUCGGCUUUAGGGCUGACCACCACAUCCUCGGCAGCAACAAAUGGUUUUGGUGCUGGGGCAGCUGGAGGUGGGCCACUUGUUUUGCCAAUGCCAUCGUUGCCAACUGUACAAUUACCACCCUCGUUGACAGCAAAGCCCAUUUUGGGAGGUGGCAUGGGAAAUUCCAAUACACCCAAUUCCUCCUCCACCACCACUUCUUCCACGUCAUCUUUGGGAGUCUCCAUACCACUUUCAACACCAUCAUCAUCCACGUCGUCAUCAAUUUACACAUCGAAUGGUUCUAUUUCCGCCUUGACCACUCCCUCAUCGAUGGCAUCACAAAUAUUUGCAUUACCCCAACUGUCAGCCAAAGGACCCAUACCAAUGCCCUCUAGUAGUGCCACCAGCUCCGUGGGUUGUCUCAUCAUAGAGCCGCAACUUUUCGCCUCGGCUGAUACCUUCAAAAAGGAACUGACAAAUAUUGCAGCCUCCUCAUCAUCGUCGACAUCUUCAAGCAGCAUCUGUACCACACAAAUUACCCCCUCCAAUUUACACAUAUAUCCCAAUAUAAGUGCUCAAGUUACGCCCUCCUCCUCAGUAGCAUCUUCGUCAUCAUCCACGGCCAGUACAGCAAAUUCCAAUCGUUUAAAUCCCCCCUUGGUAACAAAAAUACGACGGGUGCAACCAUCACCCCAUCAAACUCCGGCGGCCAUAAAUUUAAGUUUCAGCAGUUCGCCCACAACAGCUCCGAUAACAUCCACCUCACCAGCUUUGUCAUCGCUGGGCCUGAAUGCGGCUGCCCUCAAUGGAUUCUUUCCCACAAUACCAGCCAAUCUCUUGCCAAAUUUUGCAACAAAUUUUGCUCAGUCAAAUCUAGGAGGUGUAGUAGGUGGAUCCACACAACCAACAACAAUUACCACUCCCUCCUCUUCGUCGAAUAAUUCAGCUGCUGGGGCAGGACCCUCACCGGCAAAACGUCUAAAAACUGCAGAAUUGGAAAUUUCAGCCAUAUUGCAGGCCAAUCGAGAUCUAGAUGCUAAUACGUUAUUUUUCUUGAGCCUGGCACGUUCCGUACGAUCCAUGCCGACAAAAUUCCAAUCGCUGGCGAAAAUGCGUUGUAUGCGAAUUGUCAGUGAUAUUGAAUUGGAAUUGGAUAAUGUCAAUUGUGAGAAUGGCGAUGGUGGUGGUAUGAAUAUCAAUAAUACAAAGUACUGUACAAACAGUACAGAUUCACCACCACCAGCCGUGGGCAGUAACAUCAAUGAUCCACCACAAUCGGAACAUUUCGUCUAUGUUAUGUCGCCGUCAAGGGUGGAGGGUAUGAUUGAUUUAUCAUCGGAUGAUGAGAAUACAACAAGUGUCAAUGGUGGUGCUGUUUUGAGUGCAACAAGUGGUGGUGGUGGAGUUGGUGGUGGUGCUGGUUCGGCUACUGGAAAUGGUGUAAUGGGUUCUAGUAACUAA